AUGAAUGGUGUCCUAUAUUGCAUAUUAUUAGCCACUUUAAGUGUGGAAUUUCUAAUGGGAACUUUAGGCAAUGCAUUCACAGUGCUAGUGAACAUUAUGUACUGGGUAAAGAGGAGAAGGGUAUCUUUCAUAGAUCAGAUCUUGACUACUCUGGCAGUUUCCAGAAUUGCUUUUCUCUUUUCACUAACUGUACAUUCAUUUGUAUAUAAAUGGUAUCCAGGCAUAAUAAUAACUAGAAGAAUUGUGAGACAAACUUGUAUUUUCUUUACGGUAACCAAUCACUUCAGCAUCUGGCUUGCUACAUGUCUCAGCAUCUUCUAUUUUCUCAAGAUAGCCAGUUUUUCAAACUCUAUUUUUUUUCACCUAAAAUGGAGAGUGAAAAAAAUGGUUUCCGGGACACUGUUGGCAUCUCUGCUCCUCUUGUUUUUAAAUGUUUUAGUCAUAGACACACAAAUUGAUGUCAUCAUUUACAGAACUGAAUCAAAUAUAUUCUUCAGAGCUAUUUCAAGCAAUUAUUCUCAAGUUGCUAUGUUUGUUUUAUUCACGAACACUAUGUUCACACUAAUACCCUUCAUUGUGACCCUGAUGGUGUUUCUCCUGCUCAUCUUCUCCCUGUGGGGACAUCUGAAGAACAUGCAGUACAAUGCCCAAGGGUCCAGAGAUGUCAGCACUGCGGCCCACAUAAAGGCCCUGCAAAUGGUUGUCACAUUCCUGUUACUGUACAGCACAUUUUUUCUGUCACUUCUUUUGCAGUUUUGUGACAUUAAAUAUAAGCAGAAAACUUCAGUUUCUCCCCUUUUCUGGGUUAUUGGAGUUGCUUUCCCUUCCGUCCACUCCUGUGUCUUGAUUCUGGGAAAUACUAAACUUAGACAGGCAUUUAUUUCCAUGGUGUGGUGGCUGAGGUGCAGGCUCAGUGAUGUGCAGCCCUCAGUUUCCUAA